AUGCCGCCCCGAACGAGAGCGGGGGUUCAAAGCCAGAAACAGAAGGAGAAGCUUGCCAACUCCUACAAUGAACUACUUGAGGAGUUCUCCUCCAAGGAUCUCCGGAGUGUAGGGAAUUACACCCUUGGGAGACUCAUUGGAAAGGGUUCAUUCGGCAAGGUCUAUCUCGCGUCGCACAAGCUCACCAAUGGUUCUAAGGUCGUGCUCAAGUCGUCCAGCAAGGAAGACACCAAUCUCGUGCGCGAAAUCCACCACCAUCGCCAAUUCCUCCAUCCCCAUAUCGCGCGGCUAUACGAAGUGGUGGUGACUGAGAGUCUGGUCUGGCUUGUGUUGGAAUAUUGUCCCGGCGAUGAACUCUACAAUUACCUCCUUCGACAUGGCCCACUACCGGUGGAGAAAGUGAAGCGGAUAUUUACACAACUAGUGGGAGCGGUCGCCUACGUCCACAGUAAAUCCUGUGUUCAUCGCGAUUUGAAACUGGAGAACAUAUUGCUCGACAAGCAAGAAAACGUCAAGUUAUGCGAUUUUGGAUUUACGCGCGAAUAUGAAGGCAAAGCUAGUUACCUUCAGACAUUCUGUGGCACGAUAUGCUAUAGUGCGCCCGAAAUGCUCAAAGGAGAGAAAUAUGCGGGCGAAAAAGUGGAUGUGUGGAGCCUGGGGAUUAUUCUCUACGCGCUUUUGGCGGGCGAGCUGCCAUACGAUGAUGACGACGACCAGGUCACCAAAAAGCGGAUUCUGUCGGACGAACCGACCUUCAACGACAAGUUCACGGAAGAUGCCAAAUCUUUGAUCAAUAUAUUAUUGUCCAAACGACCGUUGAUUCGACCUAGUCUGGAUGAGAUUUUGGCUCAUCCUUUCCUCGCAGAACAUGCUCCUGAACAGCUUGCCAUCUUGAAAAUCCCAAGGCCAUCGCCAUUUACUACACCAUUGGAGAAGACUACUUUGCAGCGAAUGAAAAGUGCUGGUGUCAAUAUUGACGAGGUUAUCGAAAAUGUCUUGGCUCAGCGGUGCGACCCACUGGCUGGUUGGUGGGCGUUGCUAAUUGAAAAGGAGCAACGGAAGGAACGAAAAAGAGAGCGCAAGCGUCGCGAACGGGAUGCAGAGGCAAAGAAUCUUCGUCGUUUGAGCGCUGCAAGCAGUCGUUUAGAAAAGCGAUCCUCGGCUCUGAUGGAGGUAGAUGAAGAAGGUCAACCAAGCUUGGGCUUGCAGGAUCGUGGAAGACGGGACAGGAGAAGCUUGCCAUCCCAGUUGGCAGUGCCAGAGCUCCCUGCGCUCCCUGAACCACUUCCCAUGUUCCCAGUUGAUGUCACCACCCCGCCACUGUCCCUCGACAAAGGCUCUAUACGGUCUCACGACUCAACCCGACACCGACCAAUUCCCCCGCCAAAAGACAGACGGCGCUCGCAGCCCAGUGUGCUGCAUGUCAGCGCAUCACAGCCAGAAUUGACACAGCAUCAAAGUAUUUUCCGGCGGCGCACUAGUCGUCGCCACCAGUAUCCGAUACUCAGCCAGCUGGCGUCCCUGAAGCACUGGUUUGUAGAGUCUGCGAAGAGAGCGCGGUCUCCUCAUGCCAAAACGACGAGCUCGCGCAAGUUUCUUUCCGAGAAGCUGAGCCCGGGAAAGAGUCAGGAAGCAGGAAAGAAAUCUUCACUCUCGUCCUCUCCGGCAAGCGCAACCGCAGCGGAGGAUGUUGUAACACCCACUCAGGUCAAACGAGUUUCCAACGCGAGCAGCCUCGCUCCCAGCAGUGCCUCAUACCGACAAAACCGACACUCCUACCCUCGCCAACCCCGGCCACUCAACACCGGUCACAACAGUCAUCGGAACUCCCUCUCACCCUCGCCUAUCACACCACGAGGAUCCUAUCGCCGUUCAUCAGCCGGACUACGAGGACGCAAAUCUACGUCCUCCUCAGUCUCAUCCAUCCGCAGCAUUCACCACACUCGGGCUCACUCCAAGGCUUCCUCAGUUUCGUCCAACAGUAUAGACACUAUAUCUACGCCCACCUGCAGAGCUUCUAAAUCUCCUCAUUCAUCUAUUAAAGUCCUGCCUACUACCCCAGGGAGCUCUACCCGUUUCCCUAGCAAUAUUCGGUUGAUAAGAGGGCCAGGUGGAGCGCCUCGCGAGAUAAGCGAGCACCCUGGUUCAAUGCCCUCGUCGUUUAACGAAGCGGCACCGGCACCGUUACUCUAUUCACCCUCGUCAAGCCUGGUGUUUGCAAGACGAAAGAGAACUCUUUUCAAGGGUCCUAUGAUUCAUACCACUAAUUUAAUGCUGUCUGGUGGGAUAGGCAACUCCCCGCUUCCCGGUCACCCAGUGACACCCAAUGGUCCCGGUAUCAUGACUGGGCGACCUGGUGCACGCAAGAGCCAAAUCAUCGAAGAAGAGGAAUACGACGAGGGGAUCGAGGAAGAAAUCGAAGAGGUCGAUGAGUUUGACGACCCCGGCACACCAGGUGAUAUUGUCAUCCCCGAUGACCACCGAGCAAAUGAGACGCCCAGAGUCUCACUCGAAUUGGAGACUGGCUCUCCCUUGGGCGGCAAGAUACCUUUAACUUCUGUUCCCAGUCUUGAGACCAGCCCUUCUCGACCUCCUCGUUUGUCCUCUUUACCCUCGCCCACCGAGCCCACAGUUAAAAUCGUUCCAGCUGAAUAA